UAUCUCAUCGACAAAAGUCUUAUACCAGUAGUUUUGUUCUGGAUUGACCCAGUUGUUGGAUAUAAUUUCAUAACAUAUGGUUCAUUCGAUACUGAACGUUGCAGUGAAGGCUUAGUUUACAUCGUUCAGAAACCGAAGGACUUCAAUACAAAGAGAUAUAAGAUAGGAAGAACAUUUAAUAUAAGUAGUAGAUAUGACUCUACAGUCAAUAGAGUUAAGGUUGUGUUCGUUAACGAUAUGAGAGCUGCUGAAACAGAACUACUUGAAAAGUUUGAGAAAAUGUAUGGUGCUCCCACGAGAGGUAAAGAAACGUUUGAAGUAGAUGAGAUCGACAAAGCUAUAAAAUUAUUUGACGAAGUUGCUGAAAAAUACAUGUAA